UAGCAUUUUCAAAAAUUUACUGUAAUACCAGAAGUUAUUUUUAUUUUAACAAAAAAAAGGGUUGCAUAAUCGCCAGCUAGCAUGAGUAACAAAGCUCAUCGGGUUGCUGUGGCAUUCACGGAUGUUUCACGCAAGUCGGCCAUUUAUGCAGACAGUCGCUUCGACAGCGACGUCAAGAUCCUCGACAAUCACGCCCUGUUGCUCCGCUUGAACAACAAUCAGCAGACCAGGAAGGUGGGGUCUCUGCCGGCCCGCUACUUUCGCCAUUUGGAGUUCGAUGCCGUGGGCUAUGAGUACGAGCCCCACAUGGUGUCUGAGACGACCGACCUGCUGGACGAGAUGUUUCGCACCAAACAGAACAGCAGUUUCGUGCGAUUUAUCGUGCCGCGCAUCAACAAUUUGAACCUGCUAAGGCGCAUCCUUGUGGCCGACGUCGACAAGAUUAUGACGUCGAUGCGCUGUCGCAUUAAAUCCAUUACUCUCGAGUACUACGAUGUGCGAAAGUUUGACAUGGUCAACAUGCUGGCCGAAGGGGCUUCGCGGGCCCGGUCCCCGUCGAUGCGUCGCACGCUGCAGGCCAUUACCAGUCGGACUAUGCAGUCGACACGCGAGCUCUUCCAGUGGCUGGUCACGGAGUAUAGCGCGCUGCGGGGCCGUAGCAUCGGGGAUGACUUCAUCGACGUCGAAUUCGUUUACAGCGAUUGCAAUCUGAGGCUCCACCAAGUCCAUCUCGCCCUAUUCCAGGUCUUUGGCUGUGAUACGCGCACCGAUGUGGCCAGUCUCUUUGAGACGCUGGCCUCGGGCAAGAACCUGAACAGAACGCUGCUCACCGAUUGCAUCAAGGAGUGCUUUGACUUUAAGCGUCCGUUGCGCGCGUUGCUGCUGUUCGAGAUGCCACUGAAUCGGGAGCGCGACUGCCCCGAAUGGAUGCGCAAAAUGCUGCGACUGGCCGACUCCGCGUACACGAACAUAAGCAAGGCACUGGACAUGUGCUCCGAUGUGGUAAUAGCUGCACCGAAGCAGUCCCUGCUAAGUGUAUGCAAGACGGGGCGGUCCGCAUCCUCUGAUCCUGUGCGACCAGUAUCGCAGCUGAAGUCGAGGAUGAUCAGCCAGUAUAAGCCAGUUGCUCCUACAAUUGCAGAACUACCGCCAGCCACAAGCACCUACGACCUGGAGCGCUGGUACAAGGAAAUCGACAACAAGGUGAGCGAGGUGCGUCACAGCAUGGACAAGUUCUACAUGGCCAUGUACGAGAACAAGUCGCUGCAGAUGUGCAAUCAGCUCAGGUAUGCGGAAGGGGGCCAGGACGAGGACAAUGAGUGCCACGGCGACAGCCAAUCCGUGCACAGCAAGGCCUCUCACGAGGCGGACGCGCGGGAUCAGUACAAUGAGGACUUGGCCAACUUCAGACGCCUCGAGAGCGAGGUGGAGCACUCCUGCUUCGCAUCCACUCUGAAAGUCUAUGUGGCCAAGAAGAGCUACGAGCUGGCCAAGGCCGAAAAGGAGCUCAAGCAGCGUGAGAUCGACAAUCUGCGUCUAAACGUAAUUAGUUGCAUCAAAAUGGAAACGCUGUGAACUCGGAGCUGCCAUUGAUCCAUUGGCUCCGGCACGGGCACGGGCACGGUCACUCGCUCAGUUGAGGAUUAGAGCACGUGCAGGGGCCAAGGGGAGUGUGGCUGCUCCAGACACCCACAAGCGUACUGUGUGGUUAGUUUCUGGAAAUGAAUCUUAAACAUGACUCUGUUCAAUAUCUUUCGUGUAUCGUACUUCCGGCUUUGGGGCGCACGUUUUGAGAAAUAAAUCAACUUGAUGGAUUUUGCUCGUACAA